UAUUGGUGAAAGUUAUAAAAGUUGAUGAGACGAGAACGAGUAAUACAUUCCUCGCAAAUCCGAAUUCACAAAACGCAUUGUUGAGCUUCUUUUCCCUCUUUGAUCCUCUUUCCUCUUCCAUUGUUCCUCUUCUUUUUCUUACGUUUUUCAAGUUUAUAUUCAUACGUUUUCCUAGUUCUCUUCUUUAUUUUCAUCAUCUCCUUUCUUUUACAAUCUCUUCAUUUUUGCAUAUAAGUCAGGAGGAAUUCAAAUAGUGAUUUGGUUGUCGGCGCCUGUCUUACCUUCAGUAUUGCUCUUUGCAGUUUCAUCUUCGAGGUAUAUAGAAGUUGCUGAUUUUCCUUAUCAAAAAAAAGCGUGGAGAUUUUGUCAAGUUUGGAGUUUGAGGAUAAUAAUUGAGGUUUAAAAAUGACGACUUCAGUUUCUGCUGUACUCGGUGGUGUUUCGGCUCUACAACUUAGCAAAACUAGGGAUGCAAAGACAAAGUGUUCAACAGUUGUUGUUGGUGUUUCCGGAUUUGCUCGGUCAAUUACUUCUUGUUCUAGCCCGAAUCAUCCUCGAUUAAGUGUUUGCCAAACUGCUUCCAGCUUUUCCAUGUGCAGGCUAAAAGAUUUUCACAAAUUAGCAAUACCAUCCAAGAGACAUUACUUUGUACUUACACCUUGUUGCUGUAGUGCUAGUACAGAAAUUAACCCAGAGGAAUCAAGCAUUGAUAUACAGCUUCCUAGAAGAAGAUUGCUUGUACAAUUUACUUGUGGUGCUUGUGGUGAAAGAACAGAGCGACUAAUAAAUAGAUUAGCCUAUGAACGAGGAACUGUGUUUGUCCAGGCUCUCACUCCAAUACUUCUAUUGAUACUAGCAGUCCUCUUUAUUUGCAUCCGUCUGAUGGAAGCAACUCCAUCAGUGUGGAAAAGCUUUUAGGGGCAAGCAAUUAUAGAAGUUGGAGAAGGUCUUUUGAAAUUGGUCUUGUAUCUAAACGUAAGCUUGGAUUUGUCACAGGGACAGAACACAAAGACACACACAAUCGCACAAAACAAGAAGCUUGGGACACUUGUAAUAGUAUGGUGAUCUCAUGGUCAUGGAUAAUCAACAAUGUUUCUGAUUCCAUAAGAAAGUCUAUUAUGUUCCUUGACUCUGCUCAUGCCAUUUGGAAACAACUAGAACAACGUUUUUUGUAACAAAUGGAUCUCGAAAAUACAAGCUUAUUAAAGAAAUUUAUGAUCUUAAACAAGGAAAUAAGACUAUUUUAGACUAUUUUAUAGAACUGAGUGCUUUAUGGGAAGAAAUUGAGUCUAUGAAUGCUCUUCCUAUACUAACCACGCUCACCACAGAAAUCACAAGCUUUCUAAAGUCUCUGCAAACACAAUUGGAUGAGCAAAAAUUAUUUCAAUUUUUAAAUGGUCUUGAAGAAUCUUAUAGUGUUCACAUAAGUCAUAUACUCAUGAUGCAAUCUCUACCUAGUGUAGAUGAAGCUUGUAAUAUUCUUCAACAAGAAGAAAAUCAAAUAGAAAUCCUUCUCAACACCAACAAUGAAUUCGAUAUGCUAGCUAUAUUGAGCAAAGGUCCCUCCACUUUGCACAAUAGUCCAUGCACUGCAUGUGGUAGAACUGGUCAUUUAAGUGACAAGUGUUGGACUAUCGUUGGCUAUCCUUCCUGGCAUCCACUGUUCCAAAAUGGUGGUCGUGGUCGAAGUAUUCAUGGUAGGGGUAAUAAGGGAGGUAGAUGGCAUAGGGGAGGCAUAGGAACUAGAGGUGGUAGAAUAGCUGGAAAUGUGCAACACAGUAUUGAACAAAACGCUAUUUCCAAGGCUCCAUCUGAUACUGAUGAGGAACUUGAACUUCCUUAUGCUGGCAUGGUAACAUGCUAUCAUGCAGAGGUUAAGUCACCUUUUUGGAUCAUUGAUUCGGGAGCAUCUGAUCAUAUGACUGGCACUUUUUUCUUGCUUUCUUUUCCUGUAUCCUUGCAACAACAGUCCUCUAUAAAUCUUCCCAAUGGUCAAACAUCCCAUAUCACACACAUUGGCAGUGUUCAGCUUCACAACUCCUUAAAAUUGAGUAAUGUGCUUUAUGUUCCUGACUUUAAACAUAAUUUGCUUUCUGUUCAACAAUUAAGUAGAGAAAAUGGGUGCAAAGUCAUUUUUCAGAAUAAUUAUUGCCUUAUUCUUGAUGCAUCAACUGAGAAACUGAAAGGAGUUCUGUACUUUUUAGUAGACCAGGCUAUUGAUUCCUUGGCUCAAUCUAAGAUUCCUAAACAUUCUAGUGCCAGCACUACUCUUCAAAUUCCUCAUGUUAUACAAGGUUAUCCUCUGCUUUCUUCCUCUACUCUUUGGCAUAAUAGCUAGG